AGCAAUAUUUAUUUUGUUAAUUAGUUCUAAGUGUACAGUUUUGAAUUAAAUAACUAUUUAAUUAUAUCCACAUUUAACCAAAAUAACUAAUAAUGUCAGCUACGCGUGCUGCCGGUCUAGUUAUAUUUAGAAAUAUGAAUCAAGUUGUACAGUUUUUGAUGCUACAAACUUCUUAUGGAAAACAUCAUUGGACUCCACCAAAAGGUCAUGUUGAUCCUGGGGAAUCAGAUUGGAUCACUGCUCUCAGAGAAACUAAGGAAGAAGCUGGUUUGUCAGAAGACGAGCUAAAUGUCUACAAGGAUGUAUCAAAGGAAUUGAAUUAUGAAGUUGGAGGUAAACCAAAGGUGGUGGUGUACUGGCUGGCUAAGCUCAAGAAUCCAGAGACAAAAGUAACAUUAUCAGACGAGCACCAAGAUUUAAAAUGGCUACCACUGGAAGAGGCUCAGGAAAUUUCAGGAUUUGAUGACAUGAAUCGUUUAUUAGCAGAGUUUCAUGAGAAAGCUAGAACACUGGCUUGAAGGACUACAUGUAUACAUGUAUACUACUAAGGAUACAGUCACCUAAGUAUGUACUGUAAGCUAGAUUCCAAAAUAAAAAAUCAAAUGCAAAACUCUAA